CAAUCAGAAGAGACGACGCGUCUGAGGUGGACGCUGAUUGGCUAAGGUUGAGUACAGCUGCUGUCCCGAGGUUGUGUGUUUAAAGCUAAGUAAAACUCUGUAGGAGUGGUAGAGAGCGAUCAAGUCGAAGAAUCAAUAAGAAUGAUGCGUUUUCUGAUCAUCCUCAUCUCCCUUUGUGUUGUCUACUGCCACAGUAAACCCACAGAAAAAAAAGAGCGUGUUCAUCAUGAUGAACCACUGAGCAACCUCAAACACGAUGACACCAAAAACUUUGACUAUGACCACGAGGCCUUUCUUGGCCAUGAUGAGGCCAAAACCUUUGAUCACCUCCCUCUUGAAGAAAGCAAACGGAGACUAGGCAUAAUUGUUGGAAAAAUAGACGAUAACAAAGAUGGAUAUGUCACAGAGGAAGAGCUCAAAAUUUGGAUAAAAAAAGCUCAACAAAAGUACAUUUUUGAUAAUGUUCAAACUCAGUGGAAUGACUUUGACACCAACAAUGAUGGAUACAUCGGCUGGGAAGAGUAUAAAAAUGUGACCUAUGGAAGCUAUCUGGAUAGUCCUCAGGAGGACACUGACUUUAAUUAUGCCCAAAUGAUGCAGAGGGAUGAGCGUCGCUUCCGUAUGGCUGACAAAAAUGGGGAUCUGUAUGUCAAUAAAGAAGAAUUCACUGCUUUCCUCCACCCAGAGGAGUUCUCCCACAUGAGGGACAUUGUGCUUCAGGAAACUAUUGAGGAUAUUGACAAGAAUGGAGAUGGUUAUAUAGACCUACAAGAGUACAUUGGUGACAUGUACUCACCAGAGAAUGGAGAGGAGGAGCCUGACUGGGUAAAAUCAGAACGAGAACAGUUUGCUGAGUUUAGAGACAAAAAUAAUGAUGGGAAAAUGGAUAGGCAAGAAACUCUUGACUGGAUACUGCCAGAAGACUAUGACCACGCUGAGGCAGAGGCUAAGCACUUGCUGCAUGAAGCAGAUACUGACAGAGAUGGCAAACUAACGAAAGAGGAAAUUAUAGAGAAGCAUGAAGUAUUUGUUGGAAGCCAAGUGACCAACUUUGGGGAAGCAUUAAUGCGACAUGAUGAAUUUUAAAUUUGGUAUAACAUGGAUGUUUUUUUACACACCACUCUCAUUUUGUGGAGGAGUUUACCAAAGAUUUUUUUCCAAGUUUUUUUAAUGUGUAUUUGCUGUUUACUAAUGGUGUUACAAAGAGAAAAAGGACCCUCAAUUGGAUAUUUAUUUAUUACCAUGUUCUAUAUGUUUCAAAAUGUUUAUAAGCAGGAAUGUAAUGUGCAAUUUAUAUUUUGGACAAUAAUAUG